AUGCCCAUUUUGUGUGGGUUCCUGAUUCUCUGUGGGUUCUUUCCUGUUAAGGACAAUUCUCUUCCUGUCCCAGCCUAGGAUUGGGGGGGCUGAGCCCAUGGCUUCAGUGGUUUUUGCCCCAGCCUCAUGGAUGGAAUGUGUCUGCCACCCCCAGGCUAGACAAUGGGGCUAAGGGUCAGGGUGGGCAUUUUGUUGAGCCCCUUUUUGACCUUCAUAGGCCAGAGCUGGGUGAGGGGCUGAACAAUGAGCCUCCUCUUCGUUGAAAGAACGAAUUUUGGUAGAGACAAUAGGGCCCUGUCUGCUCUGACAUGGAGUGGUGGUGGCUGACUCAAUUCUGCCCCACCAGGCCCUAAGAAAUGUCACCGAGAAAUGGGAUCAGUUUUCUCCUUAGUGCCCUGGGCUGCCCCCUGCCCUCUGUGAUGACCUGCCCUUCUUUCUUUCCCCAAUUGAUCUUGCCAUUUCUCCCAUGACCUGAGCCCACUUUGUUCUCUCCCAGCUCUGUCUCUCUCCCUGCCCCACAAUUCUCCCCGAGUCUGUGUUAAGUUGAAGGAAGGAGGCAUGGGCCAAGGGUACUGGUGUUAUAGAGCCAGUCUGCUCAUUUGGGGGAGGGUGUCCAGAAAUAAGGGGCCUCAGAAGGUUGGGAAGAUACUUAUAGGGGGCCCUUUGCCAGUGGGACUUGAACCCUACUGAGCUGACCAAGCUGGAGCUAUAGAGGAGGCUUGUGGGAGGGGGCAGGAAUGGGAGGACUCUGUCUAGCCCAGCCCCUCCUAUCCUUUGGAGCUGCCCAGCCUGCCCACCAGUCCGAGUUGCUGCUGCUGAGGCUGGUAGGCUUGAAGUCUCGGGGCAAGAGGAAAAGGCAGGUGGGGAGAGAAUGUCAAUGGGGAAAGAGAAGGGGUCAUUCCGAGCCACAGAGUGAGUGUUGAGUUGGGGGGUGUUGUCUGAGCGAGGGGUCUGUGUGAUUAGAGUGGGUGUGUGAGGGGAGUAGAAAUGUGUUUAAGGUGUGGAGUUUCCAGGUGUGGGUUUAUGUGCAAGGAAGGAAAGGAUGUAGGGCGAAUACUUGAGGUUUUGAAGGUAGGAAGAUUAAGGUAGAAGAGGGCAUGUUAGAGAUAGGAAGGUCAUGAGGGAAGGGUUAACUGUGUGUGUGUAGAGGGGAGGUGGAAGGAGUAUGAUGCUGCAUGGACCAUGAUGUGCGAAAGGGGUAGUGUUAGUUAAAUGUACAUGCAAGUGUUGACAAUCCUGGUGACUAGUGCAAGUGCGUACAAAUGAAUAUCCUGUCACCCUUAGAGGGCACCAGCGGACUGCUCUUCGAGGGGCUGGAGCUGGAAAAGUUAAUAGGAGAGGGGAAGAGCCUUCAUUAAUCUCUUCUUGCCUGCAGCUGGCAGUCUGGUGUCGAGAAUCAUGGGGUCCAGGGCUGAGCUGUGCACUCUCUUAGGUGGACUCUCAUUUCUUCUCCAACUGAUGUCAAGCGAAGGGUCCAAGGGUGGAUCCCUCAAAGAGAGCCAGAGGGUCUGCUCCAAGCAGACGCUGAUGGUCCCACUCCGUUACAACGAGUCCUACAGCCAACCGGUGUAUAAGCCCUAUCUGACACUGUGCGCUGGAAGGCGCGUCUGUAGCACCUACAGGACCACUUACCGCGUGGCGUGGCGGGAGGUAAGGAGGGAGGUGCGGCAGACCCACGCCCUGUGCUGCCAGGGCUGGAAAAAGCAGCAUCCAGGGGCGCUCACUUGUGAUGAAGCCAUCUGCGCCAAGCCCUGCAUGAACGGAGGCGUCUGCAUUCGCCCGGACCAGUGCGAGUGCACCCCGGGCUGGGGUGGGAAGCACUGUCACGUGGACGUGGAUGAAUGUAGGACUGGCGUCACCCUCUGCUCGCACCAUUGCCUCAACACGGCAGGCAGCUUCACUUGUGGCUGCCCCCACGACCUGGUGCUGGGCACGGACGGGCGCACCUGCGCAGAGGGGUCCUCGAAGCCCCCAACCAGUGCCAACAUCCUUAGCGUGGCAGUUAGGGAAGUGGAACAGGAUGAGUGCGCCCUGAGGCGGGAGGUUGGUGAGCUGCGUGGGCGCCUGGAGAGGCUGGAGCAGUGGACUGGGCAGGCCGGGGCCUGGGUCCGAGCGGUGCUGCCCAUGCCACCUGAAGAGCUGCAGCCCGAACAAGUGGCAGAGCUGUGGGGCCGAGGUGACAGGAUAGAGUCUCUCAGCAACCAGGUGCUGCUGCUGGAGGAGAGGCUAGGCACCUGUGAGUCCUCAUGCUCCUCUCACCUGGGAUCCCCAUCCCCAAGUGCCCCAGCUCUUCCCAAUUGUUUCUCUUUUCCAAAAACCCUUCCCCAACACUCACUCUCCCCAUAUUGUCCCCAGAUAGCCACACUUCAUCACCCCUUAUGGCACCGUCCCCAACUCGGUGGUUUCACUUAUUGUUGGCCGAGAGUGUCAGUCUUCCCAGUACUCAAACCAACUCUAGGCUGGAGGCAGUCGACAGCCAACAUGUCUGCCUGUCUCCUUGUCAUUAACCAGGCUCCUGUGAGGACAAUAGCCAGGGCCCAGGCCUCAAUGGGCGGAGAUGAGAAACCUCUGCAGAGAUCCUGCCGCCUAAUUUAUACAGAAACCACUAAUCCUUUGGGAUUCACCAGCUGGGGAGUUGCAGAUAAGGUUAUCUGCCACUAAGGAGGAAUGACCAUGGAAACUUCAGAGAGCUGAAUAGAGGAGGAGGGCAGGGUGCGUCUCGGCCAGCCUCUGUGUCUUCUAGCAGGGCAGAUAGCCUGGGGGUGGGAACCGCUUCUUCAACUCCUUAACAAAUGCAGACGGAAAGUGUCCAGAUCUCUCUCUCAAUCUUUAUUCUCAGUUCCUUGCUGUUAUCCAGUAAUUAAUAAAAACCAACCACACAAAACUGAGUCCCACCCUCUCCUUUUGCUCCCAGCCCACCUCCCCAUUGUGGGCACAGGUAUGGGACAGGAGGCAGGGAGUAACUAAUGCCACAGGGAGGAAAUGAAAACUGGCUGGGGGGGGGGGCGG